AUGGCUUCACCACAGAAAAUCCGCACCCCGAUCACUGAUCUGUUCAAGAUCAACCACCCCGUCCUGCUCGCCGGCAUGAACGUCGCCGCAGGGCCCAAGCUGGCCGCUGCCGUCACCAACGCCGGCGGCAUGGGCGUCAUCGGAGGUGUCAACUACACCCCGGACAUGCUGCGCGACCAGAUCAACGAGCUCAAGUCCUACCUGACCGACAAGUCCGGGCCCUUUGGCGUCGACCUGCUGCUGCCCCAGGUCGGCGGCAGCGCCCGCAAGACCAACUACGACUACACCAAGGGCAAGCUGGACGCCCUGAUCGACAUCGUCAUCGAGAGCGGUGCCAAGCUCUUCGUCUCCGCCGUCGGCGUCCCGCCCAAGCACGUCGUCGAGCGCCUGCACAAGAACGGCAUCCUGUACAUGAACAUGAUCGGCCACCCCAAGCACGUCAAGAAGUGCCUCGACCUGGGCGUCGACAUCAUCUGCGCCCAGGGCGGCGAGGGCGGCGGCCACACCGGUGACGUCCCCACCACCAUCCUGAUCCCCGCCGUCGUCGACGCCGUCAAGGGCCACAAGAGCCCCCUGACCGGCCAGCCCGUACAGGUCAUCGCCGCCGGCGGCAUCCACAACGGCAACCUGCUGGCCGCCUCGCUCAUGAUGGGCGCCAGCGCCGUCUGGGUCGGCACCCGCUUCGUGCUGUCCGAGGAGGCCGGCGCCCCGGAGGCCCACAAGGAGGCCGUGCGCACCGCCAGCUUCGACGACACCAUCCGCACCCUCAUCUUCACCGGCCGGCCCCUGCGCGUCCGCAAGAACCCCUACAUCGUCAACUGGGAGACCCAGCGCCAGGACGAGAUCAGGGAGCUGACCUCCAAGGGCGUCCUGCCCUACGAGAAGGACCUCGACAGCGUCAUGAACGGCGACAUGAAGGAGCCCCCCAAGGGCCUCGACGUCGGCGGCGCCACCGCGGACGACGUCGACGUCGACGAGCUCAUGGACCAGUUCCGGCCCUUCCUCAUGGGCCAGUGCGCCGCCGUCUGCAAUGAGAAGAAGAACGCGAAGGAGAUUGUGGAUGAGUUUGUCAAUGAUGCUGCCGCGUCGCUGCAGAGGGGGAGCCAGCUGGUCAAGGUGUCGUCGAAGCUGUAA